GUACCAGUGUCAGUUGAACUACCAACAUGAAGUCUACUUUGGUAAUUGCAUCCGUCCUUUUGGCCGGCGUGGCUCUGGGAGUCAAUGCCUACAGAAUCAACAACAACAACAACAACCAGGAUGAAAACCAAAACCAGUGGUUCCGUUUCCAACAAACAGACUCUAGUGAUGAAUCGUUCAAUGUGGGCGCAAUCCUUUUCGAUCAGAAAACAGAUGAUUCCAAAAUCUAUAACAACAAUGACCAAUUCAACAAGCACAUCAUGAACAACAACGACAACUCCGAAUCAACAUUCGCCAGCCGUAAAUACCAGAACAGCCAAUACGACGAGACCCAUUUCGGUUUAAAUGAAAACUUAAACCAAAAACAACGUCAACAACAACAACAACAGCAACAACAACAACAACAGUAUGGAAGCCAAAACCAAGCUACAAGUGGUCAGUCCAACGGACUCGCCAAGAAAAUCGCUGACAAAAUCGCCGCUAUCCAGCAAAUCGCCGUCAACGACAACAUCGCCGAUAACAUCAACUACUUGAACGGAGCGUUGGACGUUGCCAGAAAUUCCAUCAAAUUGUCCGACAAUAAAUUCGUGUCGUUAUUCAACUCAACCAUGAAGAACAUGGACAACGGUAAAUUGAAAUACAUGUACUUGAACCCCGAAAAAGACACUGUGUUCGCCCAGUACCAUUUCAACCAGAUCGAAACCGUCGGAUCAUACAAUUCUGACGUUCGCGACGCCCGUUCGGGUUAUUACACAAUAGUCAUGAACAACGUGUACAGCAACUUGUCGACCGGAUUCUAUGACGACAAACACUCCGUGGUCAGGUCAGCGAAAUUCCAAAACGCCGACGCUAACGUCAAGACCCAAGACGGUUCUGAAACCCAAGCAUUCAACCCAGCUCUGCAAAGAUUUUUGGGAGUGUUAGCCCACGCUGUGUCCAACGAAGUGAAGAUGUCCGCCAGAAAUAAUGUGCUCGUCCAGAUUAAAAACGAAAUCCUCAAACCAAUCGUUUUCCAGAACACAGAAAACAACAAGUUAUUCGACUUGAUGUGGCAGGAAGGCAACGUCGCCAUAGAAAUGUCCAAUACCGAAUUCCAGAACUCACAACUGGCCUCUGCCACUGAACAAUUAUUGAAGUCGAUGACUUUCCAAAGGAAAUCGCAAGACUCUUACACAAUGGUUUACGACUUCGUCCUUAACAACCUGGAAUGGACUUCCACUCUGAACGUCAUGUCAGCCGAUAAGAGAACAAACAUCCCUCGCACAAAGUUCAACGUUGAGAAAAUCAUCAUCCGAGUCUACCUUUCCAAGUGGUCCUUCGAUCAACAACAGUCAUGUGACAACAUCUCCACCAACGUCAAUGUACAAGGUCUAAACUACAACUUGGACAACAAUCUCCGAUCGGAAGUCGUGUCCGCAAUCGAUAACAAUCUAGAACGUUUCAUCCAACACUCUUUGGAAUCCAACAUCCAAACAUCUUUGAAACAAAUUGUUUGCAACAAUAAUUAUAACAAAUAUUAAAUUUACUUAUUUAACGAUUUUGUAAAUGCUAAUUUUGUAUACACAUUAUAGCGUAGAAUACUGAAUAGUAGACAAAUAGUAUUAGUCUUACACAAAUUGUAUCAUAUAUUUAUAUAUUAUAUAUAUGUUUAUAUGUAU